AGUGUGCUCUGGAGAGAACAAGUUCACCUCCAUCCCCAGACUUUCAUGCUAAUUAUACCUUUUUUAUCAUCUAUUUUCGGAUCUUGUUCAGAUUGAUUAGAUUGGUUGGAUUCUUUCAAGAAAAGACUGCAGGAGUCUUCGUAAGUAGAAAAUACGCCACGAUACAACAAGCAAAUCCAAAAGGUGAGAAGAUUUAUCAUUGGUGGCAAAAUAGAAGAUGGGUCGACACGGCAGCACCAAUCAGCGCCGCCUGAAGAGGGCGGAAAAGGCUUCGCUUAUGGCGUCGUUCUUCUUUCGGUCUCUUUUGGCUCCUGAGGGCGCUAUCCGCACUGCGUCAGCCGUCCGUCUGUUGAAGAAACAGCAUCAAAGUACUCGUCAACAACUUCUACAUCAUCUACUUAAGGCGGGUACAAAUAUUAAAUAAUGCAUCCCUCCGAUGCAUCCUGCACAUUGAAUGGCUCCGGUAUUUGGUAACCUGAGUUUGAUCCUAAGGGAAAACAAGAAGAGAACCCUUAGGAUCAAACUCAGGUUACCAAAUACCAGAACCAUACACACACUUUUCUCAAUAGAAUAAAGGAGCAGGAUGCGUCGGAGGCUGGAUUGUUUGUCGUUCUAAUCAACAAUCCAGCCUCCGAAUGGACGAAACCACGGAAGGAGACGAGGAUAUGAAGACCACGCUGAAAGCUAAAUUUAAGGAGUCUCUGAAGGCAAUGCGCCAGGAUCCUCGUGGCCCGGGCAUGAAGGUUGCGAAGUUGGUGGAUAUCCAAUUCACUGUGGAGGAAAUGGCUAGGAUGCAGCAGUGGCAGAAACAAAUUCCGGCGAAGGGCACGUGGCCCGAGAUGUGUCAAAAGCAAGCUGAGGAGGGAUCGCUAUUCCUUUCUAGUUCCCCUGAGGCGAUGAUGACUGUGAUUCUGCCAAAAAUAAAUCAAGAUGUUGGGACGAGUGAGUUUACAACGCUUUUCCCGCCUUCCAAUCCUUUUGCAAAGGAAUUUCUGUGUUACGACGAGCAAAUCAGACACCUCGUCAGCGAAGGAGCCUAUUGCUUCGUGUGGAUUUUAGGAAUAGUUCCUCGCGACGAACUGGAGGCGGUCCCGAACCCGAACAGCGACGAUCAGGAACUGGCAAAAAGCAUCCACAGCGCUAUCCAAGCUAAGGUGCGUCCUCUGCUUGACAAAAUGCUUUUGGCUUUCCAAAAGACUCUUCUCGAAGACACAAGCUUUUUAUUGCCACCGGGCGAGAGUAGAGUCCAUCAAAACACUGGAGGUUCUUCGAUGCAGGACGAGCUCAGCGAAAAAGGGAAAAGGUUGCUGGAGAAGAUUCCCCUGUGGACCAGCGGUUACAGUUUUCGGUUGGAAUUUCGCCAUCGACCUAAAGAAAGUCAAUGGCAUACGGAUGCAAGUCUGGGUGAGCCCUCUGCUAACAACAAGCUCGAACUUGAUGUUUACGAUGGCCCUCGCUUUCUUGUUCCCCUUUUCGGAGCAUCGACGAAAUUUCUCGCAAACCAGUAUGGGACUUCCUACUCCCUCUCGAGUGGCGACGAGGAUGAGAAGAUUUGCUCGAUGUGCAAACGCUUGACAAAAGACCUAGGAGAAGAGAGCGUGACACCAGGACACCUAGUAGAAGAGAGGCAGGGGGAGGGCCCUCGCAUGUUGACCUCCUCCAGUGUCCUCGCGGCUCGUGAACAAGCGUGGAGCGCUAAUCUCAAGGUUGCCGCCGCCGAGAGUUGCCGAGAGGACAUGGAGGAUAAUUCGCAGACCAUCCCACAAGGAAAAGGGUUACUCAUGAUGACGAGGCAUUGGGGAUGUCUGCACCGGGGUCCUACUCAGGAAGAAAUCCAAAACGCCAGCCCCGAUGGCGUUCCGAUGGCGCGUCUGCUAUUUGCGACGGCUCUAAACCCCAAGCCCGUCGAAAAAUAUAAUGAGUUCGUCAAAAACGAGAAUGCGCGCAUUCAAGAGGCCCCCUAGGCGAUUGUGAUUGAGCAAACAAACAGUUGAAAUCGAUUCGUGUAAAGUGAAAAAAUACAUAUUGUAAAGGUUAGCCAUUGGCAUUGCUGGCAGUGGGUGUUAUGAUUAAUUAGGAUUAAUAUGUUCUCAGUACGUAGUUGUAGAUAUUUAUACUUUAUGAGUUAGAUAGUAGUCCUGCGAGCUGCGGGCGAGUGCACUAGGGCAAAGGGUAAGAGAAGUGUCAGCCGCGAAAAUAUCAGCUCAUUAAACCCUUACUCCAUUGGACUCAUCUUUAAAUGUAUUUAUUAAAAUGAUAGACUCUUCGAUUUCGAAAAGCCUUCGCCUAAAGAAAACGGAAUGUAAGUACGGCGCAACGCCGACAAAUCUUGUCGAUAUUGAUAAAAUGCAGCGGUCGUGUCUCAUAUCUUGUGCUAAUUGACGGCGCAACGUGGUGGUGUAGAGACACAGACACACACAAUUACACACAAUAAUAGAUUAGUGUGAAUGAUAAUGGAGCCAUCUUCAAUUAGUAUAUUGAAUCUUUUUAACGCUAUGUCAAUAGACAAUCUUCAACACAAGACAGUAGACGCUAAAAAAUUAGCGUCUUG